GUGACGUUAUGCGCAAAGAGAGCGAAACACGCAGUGCGCCACGUUGAACCGAAAUCUAUGUUUUUAUUGUCAAAGCAUGUGAAAUACGCUGCUAAGGUAUAAACAAAAAACAAAUAUUUUUUUAUUUAACAAAACCGUUUUGGUGUGCAGCAAGAAUAACUGUUUUUAAACAUGUCAAAAACGUCGAGCGUAGGGAGCUUAGAAAGUGCUGUAACGGAUCCACUGCAACCAUCCACAUGCAGAAUGCAACAGCAACAGCAUCAGCAGCAUCAACAACUUGAUACCGAAUCUGACUAUCCGACUGCGAUUGAGCUAUUACGCCAACGUUCGCAACGUCUGGCGACGCGGCUGCAGCAAACGCAAAAGGAAUUCGCAACCAAAUUGCCAAAUACCACGGAUUAUCCCCUGAUUGAGCAAAAAGCCAAUCAAUUUAUGCGCAAUUAUGUCUCACAGUCGCAACUGCAAUUGCCGCAGCAGCGCUCAAUGCCAAUGCUCAAUUCUGCCGCUACAACAGCAGCUGCCACGGCGAAUCAGCUGCAACAACACCAGCACCAGCAGCAUCAGCAAAAUCAUUUGCCUCCUAUGCCGUUGCCUAUGUCUGGCUAUCCCUAUCCCAUGGGUUCCUAUGGCAUGCCCGUGCAUAUAUUUGCCAGUGCAGCAGCUACAGCAACUACAAUAACAACAGCUGCAGCCAUGCCGUCAACGCAUCAACAACAACAACAGCAGCAGCAGCAGCAGCAACAGGAGCAAAAGAGGAAACGCAAAUCUCGCCAAGUGCUCAACGGCGAGGUAGAUGCUCUGAAGGAGCUUGUCCUGAGACUCGCCUGCCUGAGCCCCGAUAUCAAGGCGCACGCCCAGCACUUCAUAACCCACAACGAGGUGCUCGCCCAGCUGGAUUGGCUGAAUAUUUCGGAUGGUCAGCAACUGAACAGAGCGAGCAACUAUAUCGCAGCGAAUCUCAUGCGCCAGUCAGGAGCACCGAUUGGGCGUCGCAUUGAUGGUGGCAUGGAUAUGAAUCGUCAGCAACAGAUGCAACAGCAGUUGCAACUGCAACAGCAGCAGAUGCAGCAACGAUCAACUGCCCGAUUGCCAGCAAAUCAAGUACAUCCCAUGAAUCAAAUGCGUUUCGGUGAGGUGCUGCGUUCACGACGAGAUUCAGAGCUAUCUACCACGAGCAGCAGCAGCACAGCUGCAACAGCUCAGCAGCAGCAGUAUCAGCAGCAACAACAACAACAAAUGGACAAUACUGGCGCUCAAUCGCCACGCAAGCGCAAUCGCAACCGCAAGAAACGCACUGAUAAAACCACGCCUCGAUCUCUGCAGACCGAACUGGAAGCCAUGCGAUCGUACAUCAAUAAGAUCGUGCAACAGUAUGUGGGCAGCGAGCAGCAGUUGCCGCAGGAGCUGCUCUUCAAGGGUGAUUUUGGUGACUUGGAGACGCAUGCUCGACGUCUGGUGGCAGCUGGCUAUGGUCGCAUCGUCGAGGAGGAGAUUCGUGUGAAUCGGAAGAAUAAUCGCCAGGCAUUCAUCACCAUGUCAACGGAUCGCGAGACACUGGAGCGUGAUGGCAUCGUCCUAUUGCCCGUGGCCAGGCGUUAUGCCUUCGAGGGAGAUACAGUGCGUGCCUUUGUCCUGAAUGUGGGCGCCGCGGUGAGCAGGACAACGUCAGCGGGCGCCAUUAUAGGUGGCAAGGGAUCACUAUCAUUAGCUGAGGACGAAGAAUUGUCGGAUGAGACCGAAUCGCAGGACUCGGACGAUGACAGUGUGACAGUCAUUGCCUCGGAUAAUUGCCCCAAAGCCUUUGUCAUUGCAAUUGUUAAGCAAACGGAGCUACGCCAGAUUGUCGGCAACAUUUCCUUCACCAAUCCCACCAAGCUGUGCGACGACGAGCUCUUCUACAAAUUCCGACCCUUUGACUUACGCAUGCCCAUGGCCUAUAUACCGCAGGCCAGCUGUGCUGCCCAUUUGGGGGGCAAGCAGCUGGACGAGGUGUGCGGCUUGCUCUACGUGGCGCACAUACUGGAGACGGACUCCAAUGGACAUUGCAUUGCGGAGCUGGUGCAGCCGCUGGGACGUGUGGGGGAUCUGGAUAGCGAACUGAAGGCCAUUCUCUUCCACAACAGUUUGCGAGACAUAGUGCCUUAUGAGGAGCGCUUCAAUGAGAUGUACGCCGAGGCAGCGCCCGCCGUAACAGAUGCUGAUCUAGUAAAUCGUCGUGAUAUGCGCAAGAGUUGCGUCUUCACCAUUGAUCCGUUGACUGCCAGGGAUUUGGAUGAUGCCRUCUCCAUAGAGAAGAUCAGCGAGARUGAAUAUGAGGUGGGCGUGCACAUCUCGGACGUCUCCCAUUAUCUGCAAGAGAACAGYGAGCUGGACAACAUUGUCAAGCAACGCUCCACUUCGAUCUACUUGGCCAACGAGGUGAUUCACAUGCUGCCAAAGACGCUGUGCUUCCGUUGCUCCCUGCUGCCAGGGGAGGACAAAUACUCGUUCUCUGUGUUCUGGCGCAUGGAUGGCCAGGGCAAGCAGCUGGGCAAGCCAGCCUUUACGCGAUCCGUCAUAAACUCGUGCUCACAGUUUGCCUACGAGCAUGCCCAGAAGAUAAUCGAUAAUCCAUGUGAGCCAUUCACAGAGGACGAUUUUCCCAACAUCCUCAACGGCUUUACAGUCAACGAUAUAGUCCAGAGAGUUACCUGGCUGCAUGGCAUUGCCUCCAACAUGCGUACCAAGCGCUUUGAUAAUGGCGCCCUCACCAUCAACAAUGCCAAGGUGCGGUUUACUUUAGAUCCUCUGGAAGGCGAACCCAUUGGCUUCGAGAUAGAGCAACAGAGGGAAGCGAAUCACAUGAUCGAGGAGUUCAUGCUGCUGGCCAAUCAGGCGGUGGCAAAAUUCAUCCACGAUGCCUUUCCCAAAAUUGCGGUGCUGCGAAAUCAUCCUCCUCCCCUGACCAAGUCCCUGAAAAUGCUGCGUGACAAGCUUUACGCCCACGGCUUAGAACUGGACUACAGCUCCUCGAAGGCAUUGCAGGCGAGCAUGCGAAAAAUUUGCCAGGAGGCUGCCGAUCCGGUGGCUAUGUCGGCGUGUCUGAGUCAGCUGCUAAUGAAGCCGAUGGCGCGUGCCACCUAUAUAUGCAGCGAUGGCAAAACGCAACCGUCCGAUCUAUGGCAUUACGCCCUCUCCAUACCCAUCUACACCCACUUUACGAGUCCGAUUCGACGCUAUCCGGAUGUUAUGGUGCAUCGCCUGCUUGCCGCCGGUUUGAAUUACUGUACCGCACCGGAACGCACGCCAGCGGAACUGAAUGAAUUGACAAAGAUUGCAAAUGAGCGCAAAUAUAAUGCCAAGCAGGCGGGCGAUGAUUCUAGCAAUUUGUUCUUCAAGCGGUACGUGAGCAACCGACAGGUGAUUUAUAUGCGUGCCGUGGUCAUGGAGAUCUUUCAGCAAAUGAUGAAUGUGGUUACUCUCGAAUCGGGUCAUGUCAUUGGUAUUAACUACAAAAUGCAGCGGGUGCUCAUUGAUACGCAUAAUGCACCAAGUUUUAUUCUAGUUGCUGAGAGGAAUCUCAAGCAACCGCCGUAUAAACUGCAAUUUCUCUCUGUGGUGCCCAUUCGACUGAUUAUAUGGGACGGCAAGUUAACGGGAUUUCUACUCACUCACGAUCAACGUCAAAAGGGACCCAACAUGGAGCAUCCAUCCUCUCGCAAAGACAAAAAACAACAACAGCAGCAACAGCUGCAACAACAACAGCUAGCCAGGAAUAACAACAAAUUGAAUAAAAAUCUACACAUUAGAAAUGCUCAACAACAAGCUCAGGACCAGCAGCGCYUGCGUCGACAGCAGCAGCAGCAACAAAUGAUUCAGCAACAACAACAGCGAAUGUUCGCUUUGCGAAAGAACAGUUCGUAGAUAAUUAUACCAGCAAAAGACGACCUAUUGGAAGACAGCGGGCAAAAAAGAAACAAAGC